CGGCCUCCCGCGGCGUCCGCCCACGCCCCGGCCCGCCAUUGGGGCCUGUGCCGGGAGCCCCUCCCCAAGCGGGGGCGGCAGCCGGGCCCGGGCCGCGCCGCGCCGCGCCGGGGGCAGCAUGGCAGGGGAGCCGCGCAGCCCGCCGGUGAAGGUGCUGGCCGCCCAGCUGCAGCGGUGCCGGCGGGCCGCGGGCGGGCCGUGGCUGCUGGGACGGGAGGAGGCCGGGCAGGGCCCGCUGGCGGUGCCGGUGGUGUGGAUGCAGGGCACGGUGCUGGCGGUGGAGGCCGGGGGCGCCCGGGGCGGCUCGGCCCGGCUGCAGGACGAGAGCGGCCCCUUCACGGUGCUGGGGGUGGAGCGGGUCCCCAAGGGGCGGCCGUGCCUCAGCGCAGGAAAGUAUGUAAUGGUGAUGGGCUUGGUACACUCCUGCAGUCCAGAGCCUAUUCUUCAAGCUGUGAAGAUGACAGAUCUUUCUGAUAACCCUAUUCACAGAAGCAUGUGGAGCUUUGAAGUGGAGGAUUUGCACAGAAACAUUUCUUAGAUGCUGUGUGUUUUUGUCAGCAGCCUAAAGGAUCUGGAAACAUAAAUAUUUGCUUUUACACCAUUUGGACCUCAGCUCAAAACAUUAGACUGUGAGGAAUAGUUAUAGCCUCAUCUGGAGAAUUCUUUGAUAGACAAAAUUACUUACUCCACUGACUAACAGUUUUAAGAGUUAUGGACAGGAGACCAAAUUUACCAUUGGAGAAAAUGGGUACAACUCCAUUGACUUCAGUGAAUUUGACUGAGAUUCAAGAUUUAGAGAUCUUCGUGCUCAUGAUAACUCAUAGGAAGCUUGUUCAUGCCCUCUUCCAAUAAUGUUUUAUGCCAACAGACUAAACUGCAUUAAUUUUCCAAAAGUUUAUCUGAUGCUUUCCAAAUAAUAGUAGGUAUUUCAAUACUCGCUCCAUUAUUAUAGCUAUCAUCUGUUAGAAUGUACGGUUAGGCAGUCAUAGUACCAUAUUCUGUCCUCUAUUUUGCAUAUCACUCUUGCUGCCAGUGUGAAUUUUAUAUCUGGAAUGAGGGCAGAAUGUGGUCCAUACCGUUUAGAUUGUGUUUAUGGUAAGGAAGUGGUACCUUGGCACCAUGCUUUAUCAAGAACAUCCAUAUCUAGUUUGUUUACAAGACAUAUGUCUUUUCUAACUGUAACCAUAGUUUGGUGCCUAAAACUCUGCAGGUGCAGCAUUCAUCUCUACAAUAUUAAGAGUGGCAUGAUAACAAAACCUAUACUUCCAGUAAACUAAACAGAGAUUUGACACAGACUCACAGGGAGUAGAUCUAUCCAGGUCCAAGAAGUAAGUACUCUCGCCACAUCACACAGUAAGAUUAUCUCAGCCUAAUUAUGCAUCUUUAUAUUAAGUUUUCUUUCCCUGGAUACACUGUCUCUUUAAAGUUACUGUUAAAUGUAUAUUAUUUUUUACCUUUGUUACAUCCUCUUCCUGUAAAGGACAAGUGUAUGAUACUGCUCUUUUGUCCCCAAAAUAUUAUAUUUGCUCAAGUUUCAAUGAUAAUUCAUGCAUCCUAAAUAAAUACUACAUUAUGUAUAUACUGUAGCUCUGUAGGUUGGGGGGAAACAGACAAGUUCAACAGUGUCAAAUAACAAUGUUAACUAACUUUGAGCAUAUGAAAACAAGCUUUUUGCCUUACUAUAAACCAAAACUGAAUUUAAGAUCAGGUAUUGCACUUUGAACAUGCUAAUUCUCACAAUGCUAUCUUGAAGUAAAUAUUGUCCCCAUUUUUACAGAGGCACCAUGCUUGGGGGCUGUUGAUGAAAGCACCGGGAUCAGAACUUUGGGAGUGCAUACUUCCAUUCCUGAGUUUAGUAUUUGAGAUCAUGUCACUUCAGAGGCCUGGGUAUAAUUGAGGGGUAGUGUAAAAUGAGACCUUGUUGAUUAUAUGUGGGAUAAGCCAAGAAAAGUGUACAGAAUUUUGACAGUAUGGGUUAAUUUUUU